AUGAAUUCAGAAUAUGAUGUGAUUGUGCUUGGUACCGGUCUAAAGGAAUGCAUCCUUAGCGGUAUCUUAUCAGUUGAAGGUCGCAAAGUACUCCAUCUAGACCGCAACAAUUAUUAUGGUGCAGAAAGUGCAUCGAUGAGCCCAUUGGAAUCGCUAUAUACCUUAUUUGGUGAAACACUCGAAGGUGAAAAAUAUGGUCGUGGACGCGAUUGGAAUGUUGAUUUAAUUACCAAAUUUUUAAUGGCACACGGCCGACUUACGAAAUUACUCAUUCAUAGCGAUGUAACUCGCUAUUUAGAAUUUAAACAAAUAGAAGGCAGUUACGUAUACAAAAAAGGUGGUAACGUUUAUAAGGUGCCGGCUAGUGACAAAGAAGCUCUAGCGUCGAGCUUGAUGGGAAUAUUUGAGAAGAGGAGAUUCCGCAAUUUUUUAAUAUGGGCCCAGAGUUUAAAUUUCCAAGAUCCAAAAACUUUUCAAGGUGUCGACCCUGAGAAAACGACAAUGACUGAGGUGUACAAGAAAUUUGGUUUAGAUUCCAAUACAGCUGCUUUUACAGGGCAUGCGAUAGCGUUAUAUCUUGAUGACGGAUAUUUGGAGAAACCUUGUGCUGAUGCAAUUAAAAGAAUCAAGCUUUAUUAUGAUUCCCUUUCUAGUUAUGGCAAAUCGCCUUAUCUUUAUCCUCUUUAUGGCCUUGGAGAAUUUCCUCAAGGAUUUGCUAGAUUGAGCGCCGUUUAUGGUGGUACUUAUAUGCUGGAUAAACCGGUGGAAGAAUUAGUUAUGGAGAAUGGUGCUGUUGUAGGUGUUAAAUCUGGGGGAGAGGUUGCCAAAGCAAAAUGUGUUAUUUGUGACCCUUCAUACUGUUCAGAUAAAGUUAAGAAAGUUGGUCAGGUUGUUCGAGCUAUCUGCAUACUUAAACAUCCCGUUGCUAAAGCUGGUAAUUCGUCUUCAUUCCAAACUAUUAUUCCUGCAAAUCAAACUGAUCGUAAAUCUGACAUAUAUGUUUGCUUGCUAUCAAAUUUAAAUCAAGUAAGUGCCAAGGAUUUCUAUCUAGGUAGUGUGAGUACACUUGUUGAAACGAAUAACCCAGAAGCGGAGUUGAAAAUUGGUUUAGAUCUUUUAUCGCCAAUCGAGCAUAAGUUUAUAUCUGUUAAAGACAUAUUUGAGCCAACAGAUGAUGGAAAAGCUAGCAAGAUUUUCAUAAGUAAAUCUUACGAUGCCACAUCACACUUUGAAACAACAUGCGAUGAUAUCGUGGAUAUGUAUUUUCGGAUUACGGGUUCGAAAUUUGAUUUUGAAAAGAUAAAGCUAAAUCUUGAUGAGGCAAAGAAGCAGUGA